AUGUCUUGGUAUGCUGAGAGUCGGGGUAUUCCAAUUAAAAUUGAUAAUUCAGGUGUUGUGGUUUUAGAUUAUGAUCGUGACGAAAAUGCUUUAACAGGGAAAUCUAAUGUAUCGACUGAUAAACUUGAAACACCUGUUUCAAGUGACUCAGAAAUGUGUUCUGGUGAUUCAGACAACUAUUCUAAAGUUGAUGAACAGGGAUCAUCUGAUGAAUCUGACAUUCAAGUUGUAGAUUCUGGUACGUCAGAUAAUGAGCAUAGCACUUCUAGAAAUUCUGAAUGUGACAAACACUCGGAACCAAGUAGUGCAACGCCCGAAAAGAGUCAAACAGUUUCAAACAUAGAUUGCUCUUCGUGUGAGAAACCAGAAUCAGCUGAUGUCAGAAACUUAGAGGUUGAUGAAGCUGAAGAAGAGAUAUUCGUAGAAACCAUUUCUGAGGAAACUCAUGAGAUCUUGGAGCUAGAAGAAAAUGGAUCCACAGAAAUCAAUUCAACAGUUGAUUCAACUGAUGAAACUGAAGAAGAGAUAUAUGCGGAAACCAAUUCUGUCGAAACUCCUGAGAACAUAGUUUCUGAGGAAAAGGAAUCUGUGAAAGUCAAUUCAACAGAAGAUUCAACUCUCGAUCCCAAAGGAUCAGAUUCGGAAGGAAGCAUUUCAAAUAAAGCAAAGUCUACCGAAUCUGCUCCUUCAAAGAAGAAACGAUCACGUAAAAACAGAAGACCACGGAAAAAGAAAAUUCAAAAGGAAAACCCGUCUCUCAUGCAAACUGAACCUAAGUUGAAGGGUAAAGCUGUCGAUACUGACUCUUGUGCUGACAGCUGUAAAGCAGGUUCCUCCAAGACCAAGCACACUCCAAAGCACUCAGUGUCAAAUGAAUGGAAAAGACGUGAUCAGUUCUCGAGAAUAACGCAAGCCGAACUAGAUGUCUUUUUCUCAAAAAGGCAGACAUGUUUUAACUGUGGAAUUCUGGGACACAUCGCAAGAAAUUGUGUUCAUCGUCCCUACUACUCUAGGAACAUGUACCAUCAGAAGGCUAUGCACUCUCACUUUACUAAAAAUGGUCCUCCCAAAGCAAGGCCUUCUGACAGAGACUAG